AUGAGCGUCUGGCAGCUGCACGAAGACCCCUUUUUUACUCGGCAAUCGAGGCGCAUCCGCUGUCCCCCCAUAGGGUCAAUGAAUGUAGGCAACCCAAUCAUCAUGCUUUCUACCAAGUCCAGUCUACUGCCUGUGGCUGUGGGCCUUCAUGCAUAUGAGACAGAGUCAAGCCCGAGUAUUUGGAGUAUGCAAUAUCUUAUCCCCG